AUGCAUUUACAAGACUUUUGCCUUGAAGUUUUGGUAAACGGGCAACCUUUAACAGAAUACAAUCUUCCGAUUGAUGGAUCUAAUUUGAAUAGUACAUGCGUUUCUUAUGUUAAGGAUCCAUUAUCACAACAAGAUCAAUACAAUAAUUUCAUAACAUAUAUUCCCGUUACAACCCAAGGAGAACGCUAUACAAUUAGGACUGAAGCCAAACAAGCUAAUAUGUCCAACAUUAUUAUCUCACGAUUAUAUAUAGAUGGAAAUUAUUAUCAAAUUCAGCAUAUACACCAAAAAGAAAGCUCAAGAACAAUUUCAUUCUUCGUUAAUUAUGAGAGAACUAAAGUCUAUUACUUUAAAUUCGCAAGCACUUCUCAAUUUGAUAAAAAAGAUGGAGUGUUCAAAGUCCCUUAUCCUGUUAAUAAACAUCCUAAUCAGCUCAACCAAAAUCAAAGUGUAUAUGGGAAACCCGGAACAAUCACCGUUUGUUUUUUCAAAGGGAUUAUUGUUGACGAAAGUGAUUUAUUGAAUAAACCAGAAUUCGAAGUCAACCAAGUAAAGAUUACAGCGUCUGACAAUAAGAAUAUGGAUAUUAGUUAUAUCACUGGGUUUGAUGCCAUGGAUGCAAACAUUCCAACAGCUACGGUGACAAAAAUAGUUGAUAUGAACCCUAUAGCUGUUUUACAUCUCAACUAUCGUUCUGCAGAUUGGCUGGCAAAAAUAGGAUUCCCUUUACCAACUUUAAGUACCAAUCAAGGAAAAAAGGAAGAAGUAAUUAAUAGGAAUGUUGUUAUGGAACAAAUGAAAGAAAUUCGUGAGGUACAAGAAAAAAUUAUGGAAAUUGAUAACACGAAUGAAGCUCCAAAGAAGGUAUCAAAAAUCGAAAAAAUCAAUGUUGAAAAAAAAAUAUAUCAAGCUCCAAAGGUAUCGAAAGUAACCAAAAAAACCAAUGUCGAAAAGGCUCCAAAAGUAUCGAAAGAAACCGAAAAAACCUAUGUUGGAAAAAGAAUCAAAAAAGCUCCAAGAGUAUCGAAAGAAACCGAAAGAAACUAUAUUGGAAAAAGAAUCAAAAAAGUUCCAAAAGUAUCAAAAGGAAUCUUGGAAUUUGGACCAACCAAUGUUGGAAGUAGAACCUAUGCAACUCCAUUGUCAUUUAUACAAAUUAUGCAAAAUUUUAAAAAAUCUUACGAUGCUGUUAAAAGAUCUCAAGAAAUUACUCAAGAGACAUCAACAAUUAAUGAAACCAACAUUUUGCAAAAGGAUAAUAACUUGAAAAGAAGUCAUGAUGAAAUGA